AGCUUUUUACCUUCUGUGGGCUUUUUAUUCGUGUAAAACGCUACUGACGAUGGACGAAAAGGAUGUGUUUUUGGGUCAGGGAUGAAAAUAGUCAAUAGAAGGAAGUGUGUUGGGUCGAUAAACCGUUACAACUCCUGAGGUUUGUAGGAUGCUCGGGGUUUUUUUUUUUUUUUUAUUUGUUUAUCUGAAACGGAUUUUCUUUGCGACAUAUUUAAAAAUAAAUAAAUAAAUAAAUAAUAAUAAUAAUAAUAAUAAAUAAGCAGGACUGUUAGCUUUUAAUCACAUCCUACAGGAAAUCCCUCUACCUGGUGUGGGAAAAAAGUUUAGGAGGUAUAGAUUUCCAUCAUUGUCCUCUCGCUUCCUGUUGUCCUUCCAGCAGUUGUGUGUGAUUGUGAGCAGAGAGUUCUCAGGCCAUGUCCACUAUGGUGUACCCGAGGGAGGAGGCUCUGGAGCGCCUGAGUCAGGAUGAGAUUGUGCUGAACACAAAGGCGGUAAUGCAGGGACUGGAGACGCUGCGGGGGGAACACGCUCAGCUCCUCAACUCCCUGAUGGACUGCACUCCACCUCCCGCCGCACAGGAGAAAUCUGGUCUGCUCCGCAAGAGCCUGGAGGCCAUUGAGCUGGGCCUGGGGGAGGCACAGGUGAUCAUCGCACUGUCUGGUCACUUGAGCGCAGUGGAGUCGGAGAAGCAGAAGCUGCGGGCUCAGGUGCGCCGUCUGUGUCAGGAGAAUCAGUGGCUGCGGGAUGAGCUGGCCAGCACACAGCACAAGCUGCAGAAGAGCGAGCAGAAUGUGGCCCAGCUCGAGGAGGAGAAGAAGCACCUUGAGUUCAUGAACCAGAUUCGCAAGUUUGACGACGAUGCCACACCCUCAGAGGAGAAAACAGGGGACAAAGAAAAGGACAAUUUGGACGAUCUGUUCCCCAAUGAUGAUGAUCAUGGUCCAGCCCAGCGCAGCGGUGAGGUGGCAGCACAGCAGGGAGGAUAUGAGAUCCCAGCUCGUCUCAGGACACUGCACAACCUGGUGAUCCAGUACGCCUCUCAGGGAAGGUACGAGGUGGCCGUGCCGCUCUGCAAGCAAGCGCUGGAGGACCUGGAGAAGACCUCAGGCCACGAUCACCCCGACGUUGCCACCAUGCUCAACAUCCUGGCCCUCGUCUACAGGGAUCAGAAUAAGUACAAAGAGGCAGCCCACCUCCUGAACGACGCACUGGCAAUCCGUGAGAAGACUCUUGGGAAGGAUCACCCCGCCGUGGCGGCAACCCUCAACAACCUGGCCGUGCUGUAUGGCAAGAGGGGCAAAUACAAGGAAGCUGAACCCCUGUGCAAGAGGGCGCUGGAGAUCAGGGAAAAGGUUUUGGGGAAGUACCACCCCGAUGUGGCUAAGCAGCUGAAUAACCUGGCACUGCUGUGUCAGAACCAGGGAAAGUACGAGGAAGUGGUGUACUACUACAGCCGUGCGCUGGAAAUCUACGAGAGUAAGCUGGGGGCCGACGACCCCAAUGUGGCCAAGACCAAAAACAACCUGGCCACGUGCUACUUGAAGCAGGGCAAGUUUAAGGACGCAGAGGCUCUGUACAAGGAGAUCCUGACCCGCGCUCACGAGAAGCAGUUCGGCCUUGUGAACAGUGACAACAAGCCCAUAUGGAUGCAUGCAGAAGAGAGAGAGGAGAGUAAGGGCAAGAAGAUGGACUCCACUCCUUACAGCGAGUACGGCAGCUGGUACAAGGCCUGUAAAGUGGACAGUCCCACAGUCACUAACACGCUGAGAAGCCUGGGGGCGCUGUAUCGCAGACAGGGCAAGCUGGAGGCCGCAGACACUCUAGAGGAGUGUGCUACAAAGAACCGAAAACAGGUACCCAAGGGCGGCAUAGAUGCGAUCAACCAGAGUAAGGUGGUGGAGCUGCUGAAGGACGGCACCCCAGCUGGAGAUAAGCGGCACAGCAGAGAGGGGCUGAAUGGCUCAGGAGGUCCUCGUGACUCUGAAGGAGACGAGGCCGAGUGGAGCGGGGACGGGAGCGGCUCUCUGAGGCGCAGCGGCUCCUUCGGGAAGAUCCGGGAUGCUCUGAGACGCAGCAGUGAGAUGCUGGUGAGGAAACUCCAGGGCAGCGGCCCACAGGAACCACGUAACCCGGGGUUGAAAAGAGCAAGCUCUUUGAACUUCCUCAACAAGAGCGUAGAGGAGACCUCACAGGUUGUAAACAGUGGACUAUCAGAAUGUCGAGGACUGAGCACCAGCAACGUGGACCUUUCAAGACGAAGCUCCCUGAUUGGUUAGAGAGUAUGGUCGGGGUGUUAAUGGGGGCGGAGCAAAACAGAUGUUCUGUUUGCCUUUACUUUAUGUAUUUAUUUUUUUUCCAGCGUGUUUUUUUUUUUGUUUGUUUGUUUAGUCUCUAUUUUGACAGCUACCGAACAGCUGGGUCUGCUUUGCUUUGUGAAGCUGCACUGAUCAGAAGCAGACUAUUAACACACAGCAGGUAGAUAGUAGGGAUAGAGUUUCAGUUCGAUGCGCAGUGCAGACUGGCUCGAGUCUUUCAGUCCACAGCCAGCCUGUUUUUUUUUUCCUGAAAAUCAUUACAGCAUGCCGCUUUCUACACUGGAUGUGCUUCUGCAUUCGAGACACUUUACUCACGUCUCAGUGACACGGCAUGCAAAGUACAACAGUCAUCCACCGUAUAAGGGAUCUCGAUGUGUGUAACCGCAAGCAUUAACUUUAAUUAUCUGUCAUCAGAAUGUCGUGUACUACAGGCUGCUGACGUGACUCAAGAGCGGUACGAAUGAUUGACAAGUCGUCGUUUUUUUUAUUAUUAUUAUUAUUUAUUUUAAGUCGAGUGAACCGACAGCAGUGUAUCCCAGUAGUCGAGGGAUAACUUUACAUUUUGUGUGUUUUUUUUUGUUUUUUCUCUUCUUCUGUAUAUACAGGAUUAACUUAUUGAAAUUGUCGUUUCCUUCCUCGUAUAUGCCACUCAUUUUUUUUCUUAUAUACAUAGUAGGAAGUUAGAGAAUCUGUGAAGAACUAAUCCCACUACACAGAAGUGAACACUGGGCUUUGUUGCAUGUUUAAACUCUGCUGCGUGAACAGAAGGACUUAAGAGUUAAUACUGAAACGGGACCCGAGUCAUGUUUUUUUUUUUUUUUUGCUGAUUCUUUUGAUGUUUUCCGUUUAAUUUCUUGCUAGCGUUUAAUGUACAGAAUGAAUGUCACUUUAGACGAAGAUGAAGUUUGUAUAUAAAUGUGUGUAUCUGGAUCUGCGGUUCAGAAAAGCAUCCAGCACCGUCAGGAAUAUGAGUUUGUUAUUAAUCCAAUUUAUUUGCGCUGAACACUAAGAGAACUCUGAAUAGAACAAUUCUCCUGAAUGGCAAUUGUUUAUGAGCCAAAACAGAAGAAUGUUCCACCGCUGGCUUAUGUACUGUAUUGUUGUGUUGUGUUUGUCAGGCACGCAGCAGUAUGAUUUUCCCUGCUGUGUAGCCUGAGGCUUGGAUGAGACUGAACGGUUUUUUAGUAAGUAGGGGAUGGGAAGAAUUUAGUUGUUAAAGGUGCAGUGUGUAAUUUUUCCUUUUUUUUUUUUUUUUGUGUGACUACUGAAUUCAUACAGAUUCAUAUGUGAUGGAAGACUGUGGCUUAGUGGUUAGCACUUUUGCCUCACACCAAUAGUUUGCCCCCAUCCUCGAGGGAGCUUGCAUUUGGGGUUUCCUUUAGGGGUAACUCUGGUUUCCGCCCCCAUUGUAGGUGUUAGCUGUAGUGUGUGGGUGCGUGAUUGUACCCUACAAUGUGUUACCACCCUGUCUUUAUGCCCUGGGGUAGGUCCCAGGUUCCCUGUGACCCUGUGUAGGAUAAGCUCUACAGAAAACGGACAGAUGGAUGAAAGAAUACGAUACAAGUUGUUGAUCCUUCAGCUUACCUUUGCCCCGUACAUACAAGGGAUCACACGGUGUACAUACAGUAGUGUGACACUGCAGCACUGUAGAAUUCUCAAAUCCGAACCCAAUGCAAGAUUAAAUGAAUGUACUAGAGUUAAAAAGGUAUGGUUUCUAUAGUAACAUCUCAUUCACAUGGACCUGUGACCUGUAUAUCAGGCGUAAUAUAAUCUACAUAAUCUAAAGCUCGUAAUAAAAACGCUGUUUAAUAAAGAAGAACACGGUGACUGUCGGACACGGUGUAGCUUUACGCGAGAUGAUGUUUAUUUAAGGUUUCUGAAAGGAGUCUCCAGUCUCAAUAAAUGAAAAGCUUCAGGACUGAAGAACAGAAUUUUGGUUUCUUGGUAACACAGUUAGCUGUGGAGUUGCUUUGUUUGAUGAUGAUGACGUUAUUUCACCUCACAGCCAGCAGAGGGCAAUAAAACAAAAUUACUAACUGCUCCUUUAAAUACACGUCCAUCUGUUCGGCCGAUUUUGAACGGCGCUGCUGGAAAAGGCCAGAAGGUCGGUGAAGCUGUUUAACACGAAUGUAGGAAACAGAACGGAAAGACGUUGUGCUGUGAUACAAACACACUAUGAGCUGUAGAAACAUUUCAUUCACCGUGUCUUACAUCAUCACACAUGGAUUCUGGAUAGUUAGGUAACUUUAGGCGUGUCGCUCGGGCAGAGCAGGAAACUAGCGUAGUGCUUAAGAGUGCGUUAACGCUGCUAAAAGCUUUAACCUCGAACACUCGCCAUAACCCUCGAUUGUAUUAUGUGCCUGAGAUUUAGGAUUUCUUUCAGUUAGUGAUAAUAUAUCUCUUUCCUUCUCUGUCUGCUGUGUUAAUACAGACUAAACUGUGCAACAAGGCUGUGUCCUAUUGCCCUAAUAAACACUACCGUGAAUCCUUCAGGAUAUGUGAAGUAGGAUAAAACGACUGUUUUAAUCAGUAUCGAAAUCACAAAACUAAGCAAAGUGCAAAUUAGCAUUCAUUCAUUUUUUUUUAAAUCCACAUUAAACAGCCUUUCUGCAUUGUACAAUAUUAACCUGUUCAUUUCUUCAGACUUACACACUCCUAGUUCUUUUAGCUUUAUUCUUUAAUUCACUAAAACACAAGUAAUCUCUUAAUUCUAAAGAAAUCCACUAGGGUUUACUAAUCAGCUGAGCUCAUGUAGUGCAGUCUGUGAGGAUUAUGAAUCACUGUGCAGCUCCAGUCCCUAGAUUUGCAGAUCAUCAAAAUCUAAUCUUAAUCUUUGUAACAAAUAUAAACCAGCGACCGAACGCGCGGCCGUGGUGUUCAGCGCAGGUGUGUCACGGGUUCUCCGAUGUCAUAGGUACAGGAUGGUUGUGUACGCUUGCUUCCCUUAUCACACUCAUCUAAUCACACUCAUCUCAACGUGUCGCUUUUCCAACGCUGUACAAUGUGAUCCUGCAGGUUUACUGGGCUUGGGCUUGGGCUUGGGGGUGAACCUGCAGAUCUGAUGUAAAACCUUCAAAAGAAAUAAAACCUCACUUUUCAAACCAA